UCCUAUCGUAAACCCUCUAUAAUUAAUUCUUCCCUUCAACAACAUAAACCCCUACUCUGAAAACAACAAGAACAAAAAGAAACACCAACUCGAUAUUGCAACCUUUCAUCCAGGAUGGGAGCGCUCCUAUCUCUUCCCUUCCUGGCGCUGCCCGGCGCUGGCACGCUGGUAUCUUUCGCUGGUAGCUGCUGCGGCGCCGCUACCUGUUCUAUGGUAUGCAGUGCCUGCGGGAAGUGCGGCAACAGUGUUGCUACCCGUAUCGCCUACGCCCUCCUCCUCCUCGUUAACUCGAUUCUCUCGUGGAUCAUGCUCACCCCUUGGGCCAUCGAAAAACUGCAGCAUUUGAUGUUGGACUAUGUUAAGAUCAACUGUCCAAACGGCAAGUGUUCCGGCUGGCUGGCCGUCCACCGGAUCAACUUCGCCCUCGGGCUCUUCCACCUUAUCUUCGCAGGCCUGUUAUUCGGUGUCGCCUCUACGAAAAACCCGCGAGCUUCCCUCCAGAACGGCUUCUGGGGCCCUAAAAUCAUCGCUUGGCUCGCCUUCAUCGUCAUAUCGUUCCUUAUUCCCGAUGCCUUCUUCCAGGUCUACGGCAACUACAUCGCCUUCAUCGGCGCUAUGCUCUUCCUCGUUCUAGGUCUUGUUCUCCUCGUUGAUCUUGCGCAUAACUGGGCCGAGUACUGCCUUGAGCAGAUCGAAAGGACCGACUCGAAAGUCUGGAGAGGCGUGUUAAUUGGUUCAACCCUCAGCAUGUACAUUGGUUCGCUUGCCAUGACCAUCAUACAAUACAUCUUCUUCGCUCAUAGCGGCUGCUCCAUGAAUCAAGCCGCGAUUACCAUCAACCUCCUAUUAUGGAUUGGUAUUUCGAUUAUCUCGGUACAUCCAAUCGUCCAGGAGUACAACCCUAAGGCUGGAUUGGCGCAGGCCGCCAUGGUCGGAGUUUACUGCACAUAUCUCACCAUGUCCGCCGUCUCGAUGGAACCCGACGACAAGAAGUGCAACCCCCUAAUUCGUGCCCAGGGCACCCGAACGACCUCCGUGGUGAUCGGCGCCAUCGUAACGAUGCUAACAGUUGCGUACACUACCACGCGCGCAGCAACCCAGAGUCUGGGCCUAGGUAACAAUAGGGGAGGUAUCAAGCUUGCAGACGACGAUGAGCACGAUCUCGUGACCCAACAGCCCGGACGUGAGGAGAUGCGAGCAGUUCUACGCCGAGCAGUCGAAGAAGGUAGUUUACCCGCCGACGCCCUGCUAUCCGACGACGAGGAUGAAGAAAGUGGCAAGACGUCGCAUGAUGAUGAGCGGGGCAGAACCCAGUACAACUACUCGGUGUUCCACAUCAUCUUCUUCCUGGCGACGUGUUGGGUAGGCACGUUGCUCACGGGCACGGUGGAAGGUUUAGAUGACCUCCCUCAAGGCAGCGACUUCGCGACCGUCGGGAGGACGUACUGGGCUAGCUGGGUCAAGAUCGUCAGCGCUUGGAUCUGCUACGGCAUGUACGUCUGGACCCUGGUGGCACCUAUCGCCCUACCGGAGCGGUUUGACUUUACCUAGAGUAAGCCGUGAGUCGGGAGUCUUUUGUAUAAUCUAGUUACCUAUUUUGCUAUGUUAGAAUGUUGAAGCAUUGCUUAUUAGAGUGUAUUUGAAGCAAGCGUUCUGUAUUGGUACUUCGGCUUAAUUGAAUGCUCAGUUGCGCGAGUUCUUGCUUGUUGCCUCUUCUUAUAUGUGUUGCCGAGUGGUUGCUCGUGUAAUCUAAGGAGUAGCUGCGUGCUACUUUACUAAACCAGAAGAUCACUUCAUAGUAAUCAAUAGUACUAGAUAGCUGGUAGGCUAUGUACAUCUUGGAAAGUGAUGUUAAAGGGAUAAGAUCUAGAGCUUCCUAUUUAAUAGUUUUGUACCGAAUCAUUAGUGAAGAUAGAAACCUUGGGUGCAUGCGGGAUAUAGCAGUUGAUAGUUCUUGAAUAAUAAUUAUAGGAAGUAUACUGGAAG